AUGAGUACACGAAGAGACUAUAAAGGAUAUGAAGAACUGAUAAAGGAGGAGGCACCUUCUGCCCCAUUGAUAACAUUGGAACCAAAAUUGAGUAAAAGCAGAACGGUUCCAGCUGCUGCUAACUUCUUUAGCUCCUCGUCCAAGAAGGUCACGUCCGAGGACAAUUUCAGGGAGAAUACUCAGCUAAAGGAAGCGAAGAAAGCAAGCAAGAUCCACCCAAUUUUUAGUCUAUUCGAAACGAAGAGAAAGAAGAAAGCCACUGCUAGGCCCGAAUUCUCGAGGUACAUUCAAUAUGUUAGAGAGGGAGGUUUUGGUGAUGUGCUGCAGACGACUUCCUCCAAAUGUGGGGUUCAUUAA